AGAAUUGAUUGACCGUGCAUUCUGGCAAUCAUAAACCUCCACAUCAAGGACAAUACCAAAUAUGUACAACACUGUUGAUGUGUGACAUCAUACCCUUGACCGGCGUAUAUAAACAUUGUCGUGUUCACUCAUCUGAGUAUACAGAAGUAUGUUCGUUGGUUCAAGGAUCGUAUAUGCAUAAAUGCCCUGUUGCUGGUAUGGUUCAUCAGAAACUAGGCUCCAGAAAAACAGCUAUGAUAUCCGGGGUGUUGGUGCUGAUUGGGAUGACAUCGGCAUACUUCUGUCAAAAAGUGUUGGAGUUAUUAAUCACAUACGGACUGGUGACAGGACUGGCGUUAGGUCUUGCAUCAAAUGUUGCUGGAGUCGUCCCAGGAUAUUACUUUCUGAAAAGAAGACCUAUUGCGUUUGGAGUGUCCAUGGCCGGGAGUGGAGCUGGUCUCUUCACGGGGCCAUUGGCACGGUACCUCCUCGACCAAUACAACCUACAUGGAACACUUCUCAUCUUGGGCGGCAUCGGCUUCAACAUGUGCUUCGCUGGUGCCUUGUUACGAUCGGUAAGGGACCAAGAACAAACCAAAUCCAUUGUCAGAAAGACAGAAGAAGAAGGUUGCCCACAACCUCAUCCAGAAGCGACCAGUCUCAUGAGACAGUCAGAAGAGAACAACGCAAUCAUCAGAUCUGUCCAAUCAUCAGAUGAUGGAUCCCCGGAUCCAGGUUACACAGGAUCCUGUUUGUAUGCACGAUUCAGGAUCUUCAUACAGAUGGAUUUUGUAUUGUACAAUGUUAGUGUUUUUCUGUGGUGUUUGGGAGCAUCAUCUUGCAUACUUCACUUGCCAAACUACGCUGAAUAUAAAGGAAGUUCACCUAUUCAGGCUGCCACUCUGCUUCCUGCUGUGGGUGCAGGUAGUAUCUUCUCAAGAAUAGUCGUGGGGUUAGCUUCAUCUGACACAAACAUUGACGAUCUGUUGCUCCAGUUUGGAAUAACUGGGAUAACAGGAACAUUAGCGCUCGUCUUCCCAUUAUUGCCUAACAGUUACAAUGCUCAGCUUGUGUUCAGUUGUUUGUAUGGGACAUAUUGCCAUGGCGUAUAUUCGCUUCUUGGACCUAUGACAAUUAGGCUUCUUGGUUUACCAAAUGCUUCUAUUUCGUACGGAAUCGUUAGUCUCUUCAUUGGAGGUGGACAUUUGCUGGGACCUCCUACUGCAAGUUUCUUGUAUAAAACAAGUGGGAUAUAUGAAUAUACCUACAUAUUUUCAGGUCUAUGUUCUGUCCUGAGUUCGAUAUCAGUUGCAUCCACAAGUGCAUUUAGAAGUAGGCGGCUAGAUAAUUAAAGCCAGAUCUAUCGCGGUUGACAUGAUGGUUUGAUUUCACGCAAUCGUAUAUUAUGUGCGAACUGUAUAUUAAGUAAAUGCUGUAUGGCUUAUGAACAUUUAGACACCUAAAUGUACACUGGUAUGUACACCUAACAAACCAAAUGGCGUCCUAUAUGCUACGUAUUCUGAUAAAGGGCGUAUAGGUAGAAGGGCUCUGAAUACUUAGAAUACGGUAUACUAUACUGCAUGGUGACAUUGGAACGUAGGAUUGCUUUUGAACCGAAGACCGUUUACCAGGAUAGAUCCUGGCUGUGAAUUGUCCGUAGGUCCGCUCUGACUGAUAGCGAGUGAGGGCGGAUCAACGGAUGAAUCAUGACCCAGUGGACUGUCUACAUCUACAAACUCCAUAGCAACACAUCUAUGAUGGUUUGUUCAAGCUGUUGAUCGCGUCUGUUUUCCACGGGAAAAUAUACCUUUAUCCAAUGAAGCAAACGUCUUAAUUUCUUUUCGCGUGAUAUUGUCAUGCAAACUGUUUGACUUGAUGAAGCGUGCAUUUACAGCCUUUCUCAUGAGUUGUUGUCCACUGGCGUUUGAGUACCAAUGGCAAAAGUGUUAGUUGUUUUUGUAAGUUCAAUAUUUUACUCAAAUUGCAAAAGAUAGUUUUCUACACUUUAAAUAACAUAGUGGGAACUUAAAAAAGAAGGGUUUUUUUUGCUCUUGGAUUUCUGCGAUCUGUGAGCAUAUUUUUUUCUGUGUGGCUUAUUUUAUUCCCUUGACUAAAAUUGCCGUACCACCUUAAAGUAGUAUUGUUCAUUUGUUACCACAAAAUUGACAUUAGAUCACUCGAAUAUUUUCUGUCUUGUGAAUUGAGAAAUAUGCAAAAUCCAUGAAUG